AUGGUGAACAUUAAAGAUUGCAGUGGAAUUGAUUUGUUGUCGGGAACUAGUUCUGAAUCCAAAGGCAGCGACUACUCGAUAGACGAGGAGGAAAUAGUCAAGAAACGGAAUAAAAAUGCGAAAGAUGCUGGCAGUAAUGUCUGUGGUUUAAAUGCUAAUUUGACGUCUGAAGAAUUCUUUUCAUUUGGCGAGAACACUAGUAGCGGUAAUAAUAUGGACGAGGAAUUGGAGAAAUGGAUUGUCGCACCAAGGAUUUCAACAAAUGGCGAGGAUAAAUCUCUACAUUCAUCGAAAACAACGAAAAAUAAGAAAAGGACAAAACUGUUUCAGAUGGAAAUUUUUUUUGCAUCGAUCAUUGAAAUGUUGUGCAACGGUGAAUUUGAGGGUUUGAAUAUUCAGUUUCGGGAAGUUUUGAGGCAGGUUGCUGGACACUUUAUCCAUUCUUCAUAUCUCUCCGAAGAUUAUGGAGCAUUUCGCAUCACAAUUAGGAGGAGAAUAACGGAAGCUUUGAAUGCUGCUACAAACCUGAAAGUCGGAAAUAGUUUAGCCGUUAAUAAUCCUGAAAAAAGGAAUUAUUUUUUAUCCAGCCGAUAUAGCGUCGAUUUCAAAGAAAUCAGGAGCAUUGGACGUGGAGGCUUUGGAGAAGUUUUUCAUAUUGUCAAUGAAGUUCGCUUGCUAGCAGUUGUUCAACAUAGGAAUAUUGUGCGAUAUUAUGGAGCUUGGCUGGAGUUGCAAGAUCUACAAACAUCAUCAUGCGAAGAUAAGGAUGAAUAUUCUAAUGAAGAGGAGGAAGUUGUUCAGAAGAAUUCAUCUAAAGAAGAAAGAAAAACUAUUUCUUUGCCAGUUAAUGAUUACUCAAAACUUGAUCAGAUGGCUGAUAAGGGUAAUUCCAGAAAGGAAUUUAGCACAAUUCCUUAA